CUGACGUCAUCAGCAUGCGCCUAUUGAGAGCCGACACGAGGAUGUGACUACCGCUGAUCAUUUUUAUUUUCAUUUCGAUCUGAACUAGUUACUUAGUAGUAUAUUAAUUGGUCGAGGACGUAAGAAUUAGCAAAAAUGUCUGAGUUUUCCUCUCUAGGGCUGUCAAAUUGGUUGAUACAACAAUGUACACAAUUGGGGAUAAGUAAACCAACACCCGUCCAGGAGAACUGUGUGCCACCAAUUUUGGAAGGUCGGGAUGUGAUGGGCUGUGCAAAAACUGGCAGUGGAAAGACUGCUGCGUUUGUUUUACCAGUGCUCCAGAAGUUAUCUGAGGAUCCAUUUGGGAUAUUCUGUCUCGUGCUCACGCCAACCAGAGAGUUGGCGUACCAGAUUGCUGAGCAGUUUAGAGUCUUUGGCAAACCGCUGGGCUUGAGGGAUUGCAUUAUUGUUGGUGGAAUGGACAUGAUCACUCAAGCCUUGGAGUUGUCAAAUAAGCCUCACAUUGUUGUAGCCACACCAGGACGACUGGCAGACCACAUACGAAGCUCCAACACCUUUAGCAUCAAGAAGAUCCGGUUUCUGAUCAUGGAUGAAGCGGAUCGCCUGCUAGAGCAGGGCUGCACAGACUUCACCAAGGACCUGGAGGUGAUCCUGGGGGCUGUGCCAGCCAAACGCCAGACUCUCCUCUUCAGUGCCACCCUCACAGACACACUGCAGGAGCUCAAAAGCAUCGCCAUGAACGAGCCCUUCUUCUGGGAAAGCAAAUCUGAGACGCGCACGGUCGAAGAGUUGGAUCAGAGAUACAUCCUAACCCCAGAGAAAGUGAAAGACGCCUAUCUGGUGUACCUGAUCCAGAAGUUCCAAGACGAGCAUGAUGAUUGGUCCAUCAUGAUCUUCACCAGCACCUGCAAGAAUUGUCAAAUACUCACAAUGAUGCUCCGCGAGUUCAACUUCCCCACCAUUUCCUUACAUUCUAUGAUGAAGCAGAAACAACGUUUUACCAACCUAGCAAAGUUCAAGUCCAGUGUCUACAAAAUCCUCAUUGCAACAGAUGUGGCAGCCAGGGGUCUGGAUAUUCCAACAGUCCAGGUCGUCAUCAACCACAACACUCCAGGUCUGCCAAAAAUCUACAUCCACAGAGUUGGAAGAACAGCCAGAGCAGGAAGGAACGGCGUCUCGAUCACUCUGGUGACUCAGUACGACAUCCACCUGGUCCAAUCCAUUGAGGAGCAGAUUCAGACUAAGCUGAGUGAAUAUUCAGUUGAAGAGAAAGAUGUGCUGAAGAUCCUCACCCAAGUCAACGUGACAAGACGAGAGUGUGAAAUCAGACUUGAGUCUACAGAUUUCGAUGAGAAGAAGGAGAUCAACAAAAGGAAACAGAUGAUCCUGGAAGGGAAAGAUCCAGACUUGGAGGCAAAAAGAAAGGCGGAAUUGGACAAGAUCCGUAGUGAAAAACGGAAAUUUAAGGAGCGGAUUCAAGAAACAAUUCAGCAGAAACAACAAGGAAUGUUGAAAAAGAAACUGAUGAAAAGUAAACAUAUCCAAAAGAAAAAGUCUGCAAAGUCCACAUAACACCUAGUUGUAAAUGAACGUGUGUAUAUUUUUGUAUAUUUGAUAAUUAAUUUCUUCACCUAUGGUGCCAUAGUAUAUUCUGGUAUUUCUCUUUUAGGCUUGUGUAGUUUGAAUAAAUCACAAUACAUGGGCAAAUUGGUGACAAUCAAACUUUAUUGAUGCGUUCAGUUUUACAAGAAUUGAAUCCCAAUGUGAAUCGUCUUGAUUAGUCUUUACUGCAAAUAAGAUCAAAUCAUGUACCCUUAUCAGAAACGUGUCUAAUUAAUCUAGGGUGUGCACCUGCAUUUCAAACCUUUCAUUUAAUUCUGUGUUGGGCAACUAUAGCUCAUUCUGGCAAAGAAAACAUGGAUCUCUUUUGGUCCAGAGGAAAAUAGUUAUAUUAUCUGUAGGAUUGUUUUCAAAUGAGUGAUAGGUACUAUAGGCCUGAAAUGGAAAAUGAAUUAAUUGCACAAAAGAACAUGAACACGGAAAUCACAAUCUUGUAACGUACUACUUCUAAACACACUGUUCAACUAUAUAUAGCUAGUAUGUGACAGCAUGAUUGUCAAACAAUGUGUGUUUUGGAUUCACUGAAAUUAAAAUCAAGCUAGCGGCCUUUUUAUGUGGAAGUUUAAACGGAAGGAAGCAGGUGGUAAAAUGAGUACAUUCUCAUGGUGUUCCGCACACAACAUUCUAAAAACUGAUACAAAGACUGAACCCUCAAAUCCGAAACAUCCACAGUUGAAGGAGUAUCUGGAACAAAAAGUAAACCAUAACUUCUACCUCGUCCCCUUCAUCACUGAAUAA